AUGCCUGGCUGGACUUCCGGCGAGGCAACCGGCUGGGGUGAAAGCAACGGUGCCGGUUUUGCCGAUGAGAACGUCAGCCCUAGUGGCUGGGCCCCCGGGGGAGGUGUUGGCAAGAAUAACUGGGGUGGUAAUGCCGGUGGUGACCAAUUCGAGCCCUCUGCCGCUGGAGGAGGAGAGGGAAACGAUAACAAGUGCCGCAACUGUGGAAAUGAAAGUCACUUUGCGCGUGAGUGUCCUGAGCCUCGCAAGGGCAUGGCUUGCUUCAACUGUGGUGAGGAAGGCCAUUCCAAGGCAGAGUGCACCAAGCCCCGUGUUUUCAAGGGUUCUUGCCGUAUUUGCAACAAGGAAGGACAUCCUGCUGCGGAGUGUCCUGAUAGACCUCCUGAUGUGUGUAAGAACUGCCAGAGCGAAGGUCAUAGAACUAUCGAGUGCACCGAAAACCGCAAGUUUGAUUUGAACAAUGUGCCCGACAAGCUUCCAGAAGAGGCCUGGGCUGUCCUCAAGAAGGCUAGUGAUGAGAGAGAUCUUGAGGAUUUCCGUGAGGGCCUCAAGAUCUACUCCAAGGCAGCUCCCCAGGCCAGCUUUGUCGACAUUGAGAAGAAAAUGCGCGCGGAGAACUUCAACAUUUAUCUCAUCGCUAUGGAAAAACCCGUGGGUGACAGCAUCAGUCUUAUCAACCUCCAGGGCAGAUUGAACUGCAAAUACGUUGUUGCCUUUUACUUCAGCCCCAAAGCACAGCGUGCAAACCUUAGGGAGCGCUGGCCAGCCAAUCCCGAGGAGAACCUUGAACGUCUCGAAGACGCCGGAUUUCCAUACGACAGACAGAUCCCGAAGUGCAGCAACUGUGGUGAAAUGGGCCACACUGCGCGUGGCUGCAAGGAGGAGCGUGCUCUGAUCGAACGCGUCGAGGUCAAAUGUGUCAACUGCAACGCCAGUGGGCAUCGUGCUCGUGAUUGCCCUGAGGUUCGUCGUGAUAGAUACGCUUGCCGCAACUGCGGGGCUCCCGAUCAUAAAGCAGCCGACUGCCCUAAUCCCCGCUCUGCUGAAGGCGUGGAAUGCAAGCGUUGCAAUGAGGUCGGUCACUUUGCAAAGGAUUGUCCCCAGGCUCCUCCACCGAGAACCUGCCGCAACUGCGGAUCUGAGGAUCACAUAGCUAGAGACUGCGACAAACCUCGUGAUGUUUCGACUGUGACUUGCCGUAACUGUGACGAAGUUGGACACUUCAGCCGCGAUUGCACCAAGAAGAAGGACUGGUCGAAGGUCAAAUGUAACAACUGCGGCGAGAUGGGUCACACCAUCAAGCGUUGCCCCCAAGCCACUAGCGACGAUCUCGGCCAGAGCAACAACAACUACCAGGACAAUGCUUCGGGCGAUAGUGGAUGGGUUACCGAAGCGCAGCCCCAAAAUGACACCAAGGGCGGAGAUGCUGGAGCAGGUGGCUGGUCGUCCGGCGGUGGUGGAUGGUAG